ACGUUGAAAACCUGGUUAGGCUUUAAAGAUAUUAAAGAAAUAAAAUUAAAAAAAUCCUCCCUCCCGACUGAAACCCGUUCUUAUAUGUCUGUGUGUUCCACAAGAUCCACUCAGUUGAUCAUGGCGCUUGGACGCGGCGGAAUCUCGGUUCUCUUGCUUUUUCCUUGUUUUCCUUAAACUAUUCCAGCACAAGAUCUCCAACACGGAUCAUCAAACACAGCACUGAACUAGUCCCAUUUAUUCCCGACUCUAUUACACCGGAUGUGGUCAUGUAAACACCAAACUCGACUCAAGGAUCGAGAUUUUAUGGUCGCUUUUCCUUUUUCCUUUUUCCUUUUCCCAAGUUUCCCAGUUUAAAGCGGAGCAACUCAGAAAGCGGCUGUUUCUGGAAGAGGAAGAGGAGGAGGAGGAAGGACACUCCGUGUUUAAGUGCCUGAAAAUAGUGCAACAAUGGUUAUGGUAUGGGCGUGACAUGACAGCUGAGGUGACCCUCGACCCCGUCUCGCUAUCUCUCACGCACGAGCAAAAUGUGUCUGUCUCAUCUGACAGUGUGACAGAGGGACAGCACAAGCGCCACCAUGGACGAAUCGGCCCUGCUGGAUCUGCUUGAGUGCCCGGUGUGCCUAGAACGGCUGGACGCCACCGCUAAGGUCCUGCCAUGCCAGCAUACUUUCUGCCGCCGCUGCCUGCUUGGCAUUGUGGGAUCGCGUGGCGAGCUGCGGUGCCCUGAAUGCCGCACGCUUGUGGAAAGCGGCGUGGACGAGUUGCCCAGUAACAUCCUCCUCGUGAGGCUGCUUGAUGGCAUCAAGCAACGACCCUGGCGAGCCGGAACGGCUUGUACCAACGGCUCGGCUGGCGGGGGGGUUCGAGAGCAUGCCAGCACAGGACCACAGCCCCAAAGAGCUCAGACCAAAAGCACAACGGUCAGGGGAGUACCCCAACUCCCCUGCGCCAAGGCCUUGUACAACUACGAUGGCAAGGAACCUGGCGACCUCAAGUUCAGCAAGGGUGACAUCAUCAUCCUUCGCCGGCAGGUUGACGAGAACUGGUACCACGGCGAAGUGGGCGGAGUGCAUGGCUUCUUCCCGGCCAGCUUCGUGCAGGUGAUCAAGCCACUUCCACAGCCGCCGCCCCAGUGCAAAGCCCUGUAUGACUUUGAGCUGAAGGACAAAGAGGCGGACAAGGACUGCCUUCCCUUCUCGAAGGACGACAUUCUGACAGUAAUUCGACGUGUGGACCAGAACUGGGCUGAGGGAAUGCUGGGAGAUAAGAUUGGCAUCUUCCCCAUAUCUUAUGUAGAGUUUAACUCGGCCGCACGACAGCUCAUCGAGCUCGACAAGGCGCCAGACGACACUGCCGAAGGCACUUCCUCCUCAUCCUCUUCCUCCUCCUCCUCCAACUCGUCCUCUGGACCCCAAGCCAACGGCACCCAAAAAGCGUCGGGGGAGAAAAAGAACAGCAAGAAGCGCCACUCGUUCACCUCGCUGACCAUGUCCCAUAAGCCGUGCCUGGCACCACCACCACAGCGCCACUCCAUGGAGAUCAGCGGACCCGUUCUCAUUAGCUCCUCGAACCCGACAGCAGCUGCACGCAUCGGAGAGCUCAGCGGGGGGUUGUCCUCCAGCGCCCCCUCGCAGGUUCACAUUUGCACAACAGGACUCAUCGUCACGCCACCUCCAAGCAGUCCUGUAACGACGGCCACGGUCUUCACUUUUCCUCCAGAGACCAGCUACGCCUCCAUCCCAGUGGACAAUUUGCCUCCUCCUCCACCUCCUCCCCCACAAUCCUCCUCUGUGGGUGCGGCGUCGUCGCUGGCCGCGGGACAGAGGCCGUCCCCCACUGCAAGCGACCAGAGCGGACGCCAGAGACCAACUGUGUAUGUUGCGAUGUUCCCAUACACACCCCGUAAGGAUGACGAGCUGGAGCUAAGAAAGGGCGAGAUGUUCCUGGUGCUGGAGCGCUGUCAGGACGGCUGGUUUAAAGGAACGUCCAUGCACACCGGCAAGAUCGGAGUUUUUCCCGGCAACUACAUGAGUCCUGUUAGCAGGACGGUUGCGAGCAGCAGUCAGCCCAAAGUUCCUUUAGCGAUGUGCUCGCAGGCCGGACGUGGCGUCACCGUUGUCAGCUCCUCGUCCUCUCCCAUUGGAGUGGCUCUGGCUGGCAUUGACCCCAACAAGCCCCUUCCUGUUUGCACAGGCCACACCCCUUCAAGCCCCAUCCCUGCAGCUGUAGUCACGGCAGCCCACAUUCCACCUGGUCAGCAUCCGAAAGUGCUCAUGCACGUGACGUCACAGAUGACGGUGAACCAGGCACGCAAUGCUGUGAGGACUGCCGUGUGCCACAAUCAGGACCGCCCUACUGCAGCCGUAACGCCAAUCCAGUCCCAGAACGCCAUGGCUUUCCUGACUCACCUUGCUGUGUGUCCGCAGCCAGCACCUGGUAGUAGCUCCGCCUCCAACCCUGCGUCAAGCAGAAUGGGAGUGGCUAUGGGCUGUGCUGCCGCCUCACUUACCCCACCCAACAUCAGCGCUGCUUCUCUGGAGGUCGAUGGCAUGAGACCCACCGCCAUGGUGUCGCUCCCGGUCGCUCCUGGCAACACCAAGCCUCUCGGUGCCACAGCAGCAAAUCAGGCUCCUGCUUGUAAACUAGACAAGAGGGAGAAGAAAGGCCUGUUGAAGCUGUUGUCCAAUAAAAAGAAACUCCGCCCAUCUCCACCCUCAUCUCCGACUCUGGAGACGGAGCAAGCCGCUGCUGCCGACAUGCCUCAAGGAGCCAUGGCACCUGAACAGCCCUUGUCCAAUCCAACAGCAGCAGCCAGUGGAAACCACUGCAGGAUCGGACCCUGUCCCAUGGAAUCAGACUCACCUGCACCUCCAUCAUCAUCGUCAUCAUCAUCAUCAUCAUCAAAUACUGAGACUGCACGCAGGACUGGCUGUCAGGAAAACUCCGCUCCUAUUGCACCGCCACCACGGCAGCCAUGCUCCUCUCUGCUUUCUGUGCAGCACGAUGGACGGCCAAUAGUGUGCGAGAGGUACCGUGUGGUGGUGUCGUACCCUCCACAGAGCGAGGCCGAGCUGGAGCUGAAGGAGGGCGACAUCGUGUUCGUGCACAAGAAGCGUGAGGACGGCUGGUUCAAAGGCACGCUCCAGAGGAACGGCAGGACGGGCCUCUUUCCCGGCAGCUUUGUCGACAGCAUCUGACUCAAACACAUGCAGGCAAAAUUACACAGAGCUGCUACCAAGCUUGGAAAGAUCCCAGGAGCGACAGACAGAAGGGAUGAACGAUGAUCAACAGUGUGUACACAGGAAUGGAUCUAAGCACAAAUCAAGCCUUCUAAUGGCUAUUACAGUUUUACACAAAGACAAAAAAGCACAUUUCUCAUAUUCACCAAGCACAUGUAUAAAACCGACAGCACGAGACACAGCAAUCAACUGACCUGGAGCUCGUCAUGUGAUGAUACGUUAAUUUAUUUAGCUGUAUUUCCGCAUCACUUUAUUGUAUAUAAGCAAACAGAGCUGAUCUAUGAGUGAACUGAACAGAGCUGGAAAAAUAUGAAUUGAAUUUAUUAUACUCUUUUAAAUAAAAAAGACAUUAUAAUUUUGGUUGUAGGGGAUUGAUGGAUGAUUUAAUGUGAAUUAUGAUUGGCUGCCCCAGAUGUGUCGCUAAUUCACGUCGCUCGGUCAUCGUUGGACGCGGAUGGACAGGAGAACGGAUGUCACUCGCUGCCCGGUUAAACUACUGUUGAUCAUCCUGACCAUAGAGUUGAACUUUAAUUUACUACUGAAUUUUUUUUUUAAAGGAAUAUUACAAAAAAUACACAGAAAUGACAUGGGUUAGUGAAAUCAUGAUCAUAUAUUUGCAUAUAUAUAUAUAUAUAUAUAUAUAUAUAUAUAUAUAUAUAUAUAUAUAUAUAUAUAUAUAUAUAUAUAAUUUCUCGAAGUUGCGAUGGCUCGUGCGUGAUGAAUCGUAGCGACUCCGUGUCGAGUAAAUAAUGAGGAUGUAACAAAUCUGCUGUAGAUUUUAUUCGGGGUUUAGAGGGAGUUAGAUGUAGUAUGGUUAAUGCUUAUGAUAUAACUUUUGAUAUUUAAAAAACACAAAAAAAAUGAUGAUACACUCCAUAGUAAGCAUCUGAGCGGUGGUGGUGGGUGUAGAUGUGUAACUCAAAGUUGUACUAAUUAUACUUCUAUAUAUUAUAAGUAUGAUAGCUGCUGGCUCCCUUUUUGUGUGUGUUUUUUUUUUUUAAAUCAUAUGAGAGUUUGACUGACAGCUGAGUGGUGGAUCACUGAAGCACACUCAUACUUUUACUCUUGUGUCGUCUUGUGCUGUUGUGUGUUUGUUAUGGUGUGUGUCAAGCUGUGUGUUUCUCGACAGCUCAUUUUAGUCUAUUGCACUAUAUUUGACAGAUUGACCUUUUGCUCAAGGUGCAACAGAUCGACGGCUCGGAGGCUUCGAGUUAGUUCAGCGUUCCAGUGUUCCUCAUUUUACUCGUGUUUGCCUCACAGUUUUGUCUGUAGCGUUUUAGUCAUUGCACUCAUGCAGGUCGUUUUAAAGGCUUCGGAGGUUCAACAUGUAGAGAUCAUACCACAAAUCCAUGGCUUAUUUCUAAUUCUUAAUGAGGCUCCAUGUAUUGUCAGUUCUACAAUACAAAAACACUUUUGACUCCUUUUAUUUAUUUAUUUUUUCUCUAACCAUUCUCUUCUGCUCAUAAACCCACUAAUAACCAAUGACUGAUUUACUUAGACUUCAUUUAAAAUCCAGAAUUAGCUGCUGUUCUUUUUUCAGACGAUAUUUACUCGUAUUCCAUGGUGAUUCAAAUCAAGACGUCUUAAAUUCGUGACCAAACCCACAUACAGUUCAAAUUUAUUCCUUAUGUACUAGAAGUAGAAACAUUUCUAUCCAAGUUAUCAAGGAACGAUUGCCAAAAUAAACGGUUUAACUAACUAGCUGAUGUGUUGUUUUUUUUGUUUGUGUUUUACGGGAAGCUCAAGUGCCUGUGCUGUGUGGUUGAGUUGCACAAAAUCAAAAAGAGAAGAAGAAAAAACAGAUUCAGGCUGAAACUGACACCCUAGUUCACUCUAUCAUCUUGAUUUCUUCCUACACACACCUCUUUUUUCUGUAUAUCUGUCUAGUUGUUAGACCGGACGAUUCUCAUGCCUUGUUAGAGAGAUGCAGUACUAAACCUGACUUGAACACCUAUUCUUCUUUCAUCAUUAUUAUUAUUAUUGUUAUUUUUUUAAAUACCUUUUGUUACUGGUUUUUACUACAUGCUCAUCUGCUAGUCAUGAAGUUGAUCUCAUACUCUGUACUAAAUAAUUGGAAGAAAUUAGUCAUUUUGUAAUGUGCUUAACUGUAAUAAAAGAUUUCCAAAUGA